AAACCUCAGAGAGUUUGACCUGCAGGUUGAAGACAGAAAAGCAGAAGCUGAAGAGGCCAUGAAGAGACUCUCCUACAUCAGCCAGAAGGUUGCAGAUGCCAGCGACAAGACCAAGCGAGCGGAAACAGCCCUGGGCGGUGCUGCUGCUGACGCCCAGAGGGCAAAGAACGCAGCCGGGGAAGCCCUGGAGAUCACCGGCAACAUAGAACAGGAGAUGGGGAGUCUGAACUUGGAGGCCAACGUGACAGCAGAUGGAGCCUUGGCCAUGGAGAAGGGACUGGCCACUCUCAAGAGUGAGAUGAGGGAAGUGGAAGGAGAGCUGGCAAGGAAGGAGCGGGAGUUCGGCACGGAUACGGAUGCAGUGCAGACGGUUAUCGCAGAAGCCCAAAGAGUUGAUAACAGAGCCAAGAAUGCUGGAGUUACGAUCCAAGACACACUCAACACAUUGGACGGCAUCCUACACCUAAUAGACCAGCCUGGCAGUAUGGAUGAAGAGGGGCUGAUCUUAUUGGAACAGAAGCUUUUCCGAGCCAAGGCCCAGAUCAACAGUCAGCUGCGGCCGUUGAUGUCAAAGCUGGAGGAGAGGGCAAGCUCUCAGAGGGGCCACCUCCGUUCGCUGGAGACAAGCAUAGAUGGGAUUCUGGCUGAUGUGAAGAACCUGGAGAACAUUAGGGACAACCUGCCCCCAGGCUGCUACAAUACCCAGGCUCUUGAGCAGCACUGAAGCUGCCUUCGCGAUUUCUCAACUGAGGUUCUUGGGAUAGAGACCUCAGGCUCAGGAGCCAUCUCAUGUGGGUGGGGUGGGAUGGGGACAUGUGAACAUGUUGAAUGGGUGCGCUCAGGUCAACUGAGCCUGGUCCCGUCCUUGAGACCUUGGCCAGAUAAAUGUCUUAUUGUAUCAGUGUGAUGCUCUUUGCUUCCUGGUUCAGGGUAAUGAGGCAAAUGGCACUGGGUAUGAGACUCAUCAAGGGCCCGGACCCCAGAGGGUAGACUGGAUGGAAGGACAAACUGCACAGGCAGAUGUUUGUCUCAGAGUAGUCAUAAACCGAGUCCUGGAGUAUGGACAAGUGCUGCUGGGUUGUAGACAGCUUAUCCUUUGAGUAAUGUGACCAAAGGGAAAAUCUUUUGACUUUGCCAACACCUAAAAUUCUUCCUAAUGUCAGAACAGAGAGUGAAUCCCAGUCAUGCCAUGGUCAGUAAAAUCCUAUUGCCUCAUGGUGUCCAACGUGUUCUUGUUGAUCAAAGUUCUUCCCACUUAUCACCCAGGCCAUACACACUUACUCCACUUUCAAGCUGGAGGAAGUGAGCAGUGACGGAGUGAGGAGCUGUAAGGCUGGCCCCUUUGGAGCAUUGGUACCCUGCCACCUUCGAGUUCUUCUGGGCCUGGAAGUGACCUCCUUUCCCCUGAUGAUGGCAGGCAACUUAGAGACUACGUUUUUAUUAAAGCAUUUCCUAUCAGCCAAGCAAACAUUGGGAAAGUAUUUACUUUGGGGUUUCAAAGUGAUGUAAAAAUGUAGCUUGGGCACUGAAAGAGGUGCAAUUAUCCAAGAAGAUUUAUUAGUCCUAAUUCAAUGCCAUUUUUCAAACACUAAAAAUUAUAUGCCUCUGUGUUUUGUUCUCUCUCUUCUGAUACCAGACGAUGUUCCUACUUAUACUUGAGCUGGGUAGAGUCCAUCCUUCCUUCCAUCCAUCCUUACAACAUAUAUUUAUUGUACCUAUUGUGUGCCAGGGGCUGGGGUACAGUGGUGUCAUUGUCUCUGUCCUCAUAGAGUUGAUUGAAUAGUGAGGAAGACAAACCUUGAAAAAUAUUUAAACUUACAAAUCCUGUUCAUCACAAGUGGUGUUUAUUGCAAUAUCCCCAUGGUUUGCAACCUGUUUUUCUCAACAGAACAUGUGUUGCAAGACAUCCCACGGGGGCAUUUGGAUUUCAGUAAAUAGCUGAAAUGGCUCUGGGUUGUGCACACUUCUUUGCAUUUCAGCUGUCACUCUGCCCCUUUCCUCCACUGAUUGCAACACAUUGUUGAGUCAUAACACCAGUGGGAAUUUCUGGAAAAACCAGAAGCACUUCCAACCUCGGCUCAGAAGGCUUUGGUGCUGCCUCACCUCUGUAUUUCCUUGGCUUUUCAUGGACAUGUUUUUAAAUAAAGAACAAUUCUUAGAUGCCUGUGGCCAGUUUCUAAUUUGUUAAACUCUAAGCUUAAGGUGUAGGUACCAAAGCAAUGAAAACAAAGAAUGCUUCAGAAAGAGCAAUGAGCCCUAGAAUUAACAUCUGUAAUUCCUUUUUCUGAGCAUCUUGUUUUGCCCUUUCCAACCAUGUGCACACUUUAUGAGAUUUAACUGGUGCUGUCUUCUAAGCAUAAAGGAGGAUUUAUUUCUGGAACAACCUGAGCAGGGUGGGGGUGAUAAUCAAUAUUUUUGUCUUUUUUU